GGAAAAUGAGAUUAGAAUAACAUUUCUCAUAUUUUUCUCAGAGGUUGAAAUUGAUUGGAUGUUUCUUGUCUCAGUUUUAAAUUGCAAGCUCAAGACAUGCCUAAAUUUGUCACACGAAGCAGGACAUUCUUUCUCUGAUCAGGAACCUUCAUAAAUUGAAGACUUCAGAUUCAUUUCUGUGAUACAUGAAAAGUCAUAAUUAUAUGAUGGGGUUGGUCCGAGAUCGGUGGGCUCAUCACAACAUAGAGAUGAGUGAAUCACACAAUUACAAACUUAAACUUGGAAAUCGUUCUACUUCUGUACCAGGACAAAAGAAAAGAUCCACAUUGGUCACAAACACAUCUGGGGGAAACCCAUCUCCAUUUGUUGUUGCCCGGGCCAUUGCUCUAGCUAUGGGGAUCCGUUUCAUUGUGAUGGCGAUGAUAUGCAGUGCCAUAAUCAUAAACUCAACACAAAACCUCCUAACGAUUAUGAUUAUUUUAAUAGCAUUAUUCAAUCAAGCAGCUCCGGUUUUUUUGAAUGAAACUUACUGUGGGCCGUGUCCUCAAAACUGGAUAUGUCAUAGAAACAACUGCUACCAAUUUUUUAGUGAGAGAAAAGACUGGCUUCAGAGCCAAGCUUCUUGUAUGUCUCACAAUUCCAGUCUCCUGAAGAUAUAUAGCAAAGAAGAGCAGGAUUUCCUUAAACUGGUGAAGUCCUACCAUUGGAUGGGACUCAUACAAAAUCCAGCAAAUGGAUCCUGGCAGUGGGAAGAUGGCUCCAUUUUCUCUCCCAGUCAACUAACAUUGGUUGAAAUGGAGAAUGGAGCCUGUGUGGUUUACGGCUCCAGUUUUAAAGGUUACACAGAAAACUGUUCAACGCCAAACACGUACAUCUGCAUGCAGAGGAUUGUGUGAAUACUUUAUUGUUUAUAAAAUAUAAAGGAUUGAAAAACAAAAAUGCCAUUCUCUGAGUGUUUACCAUGAAGAAAACAGCCAGAAGAAAAUUCCACCAAUAUUGAUGUAUUUUUUAUCUGCCAUGCCACAAACCAUAAUCAGCUGCAAACAAAGCCUAACAAAGACUUUAUCUUCUAUAAUAUGUUUUGUACAAUUUUUAAGUUAUUGAGUGAUGAACAAAUUCAUUCUUUAGUUUAAUAAAUUGUUGAUAAUACCUACUGUUGCACUAAGUUUUGAACUAUAAUGUUAUUAUUCACAAAUAUUAAACUAAUAAGGGUCUUAAAACUUUUCAAAACACAAUGCAUUUGAAAACUAAAUAUGCUUAAAGGUGGGUAAAAAGUAUAUGAGGAUUCAUUACAUUUGCUAGUUUUGAAAUUUCUCUAAAGUUGAGAAAUCAACAAAAAUACCCUCAGCUUUUCAAAAUGCCACUACUAAUUUUCUACAGUACAUGAGAAAUUUUGCAGAAAUUGAGUUAUUUCUCGUAACAAGAACAUGGUACUGACUGCUACAAAAAAAAGGAAAUAAGAAUUGAGUUUAGGGAGGCCUUACAAGACUUCUGGGGAAGAAAUGGAAUCUGAGUUAAAGUCUGCAGAAUGAGUAGAAAUUUGGGCAAACCAUUAGGAUAACAGCACCCUUGGCAAUUGGAAUAAUACUUGCAUACAAGCAGCAGCUGGGGGAGUCUCCCACGACCGCUUCAGAGUCAUGAGCAGUGCUGAAGUUCUCUUGAUAUUUACAACCAUUUCCAGCCCUCAUUUUCCAGAUUUGUGAAGAAGCUCAUUCUCUCCAGUUCACAUGUAUUCUCUGCCCCCUGUGGGUCAUAUGUUAUUAUAAUGACACAGAGAAAAGACUCCA